GAAGCGGAUGUAGCUCAAAGCUGAGCAGUUACUCAGUUUCACCCAUUCAUCCGUCUGGGCAGAUUCUGGUCUGAGCCAGCCCUCCGCUUACUCACAGCACAUCUUCAGUAUAUUAACUGCAGAGCUGUUGAUGUUUACUCUACACGCUGAUACUGGAGUAAUUGGACACAGAACUGAGGAAAGACUGUAUAGGAUUAAAGAAGAUUAAGAAGCUUGUGCAGGUAAUUCUCUAAACCUGAAAGAUGUGGACAUUGAGGACCGCACUGCUGAUGCUGUUCAUCGCAUCCGUUUUCUCCAAACCGCUCAUUUCAGAAGGUCUGAGAGGUCUAAAGGAGGACUCGAUCAACAGAGAUCUUCAGAAAUCCGACUCCAUGGAAUCGAAUGAAUUGAGUGAUAUCUCGGCUGAGGGCGGCUCCCGCUUGCCUCAGUCAGUUGAGGAUUCUAAUUCAGAUUCGGAUUCAGAUUCUGACGAGGAUGAUGAUGACGACGACGACGACGAUUCUGACGAGGAUACUUCCAGCACCACCACUUCUACUCUUCCUUCUACUACUCCUUCUCCUUCAGGGCCAAGCACAACUAGAGUAAUCCCCACCGCUGAAAUUAUCACCCCUUUCCCUGUUGGGCCGACCGGAUCCCGAGGGGAUAACUAAAGCAUCACUAUAGAGCACUUCCUGAGAGGUCAUGAAGGUCAAAUGAAUGUUUUUGCACCAUACUUUACAAAUGCACUGUUACCUGCACUGUUUAUUACACUGUUCAUUUUAUUUCUUUGGCUGAAUCUGUUUCUGAAUCUUAUGCAAAUAAAUUAUCAGCAUUUUGAAAAA